GGCGCGGCCCCGCGGGCGGGCGGGCGGCAUGGCCGCGGCGGCCGAGGCGGGCGGCGGCGGCGGCGGCAGCAGCCGUCACGAGAAGAGCCUGGGGUUGCUGACCACCAAGUUCGUGUCGCUGCUGCAGGAGGCCAAGGACGGCGUGCUGGACCUCAAAGCGGCUGCUGAUACCCUUGCCGUGAGGCAGAAGAGAAGGAUUUAUGAUAUCACUAAUGUUUUGGAGGGGAUUGAUCUCAUUGAGAAGAAGUCAAAAAACAGCAUUCAGUGGAAAGGAGUAGGUGCUGGCUGCAAUACAAAAGAAGUAAUAGACAGACUGAGGUAUCUUGAAUCCGAAAUUGAAGAUCUAGAGCUGAAAGAGAAAGAAUUGGAUCAGCAGAAACUGUGGCUACAGCAAAGCAUCAAGAACGUUAUGGAUGAUUCUACAAACCACCAAUUUUCAUAUGUCACCCAUGAAGAUAUCUGUAACUGCUUCAAUGGAGACACACUUCUAGCAAUUCAAGCACCUUGUGGUACGCAGUUAGAAGUACCUAUACCCGAAAUGGGACAGAAUGGACAGAAGAAAUACCAGAUCAAUCUUAAGAGUAAUUCAGGACCUAUUCAUGUACUGCUUAUAAAUAAAGAAUCAAGCUCCUCCAAGCCCAUGGUGUUUCCAGUUCCUCCACCCGAUGACCUUGCACAGACCCCAUCUCAGCCUGCAGCUCCAGUGACUCCCCUUAAACCUACUACAGCUGCUCAAAAUCCACCAGAACAACACGGUCUUAACCAGGGACAACAGUUGCCACAAACAUCAGUUGUGGACACGCCAUCAGAAAGCAGUUUGCAGCAAAACAGUACAACUCCAGCAACUCCUUAUUCCAGCCUUCCAGACACGGUGUUGUACCCCAGCCUUUCAGGAGAUGUCGCCCAAGCUACAGCUAGCUCAAAUGACUAUCAGGGUUUGCUCCCUUUGGACGUUAACUGUAUUCUCAAGCCAAACUCAUUUGACAUAGCAAAGAUGGAUGAGCCCACAGGAAAUAUCAGUGGGGAUAUUAUUGAUGAACUCAUGUCUUCUGAUGUUUUUCCUCUCUUACGACUCUCUCCUACUCCCGGAGAUGACUACAACUUUAACCUGGAUGAUAAUGAAGGAGUCUGUGAUCUCUUUGAUGUGCAGAUACUAAAUUAUUAGAUAUUGUGUCAACCAGACUACUUAUCUACCUCUAACUAUAACAUUCUAGACUUCUUCAUAACCUAAGUAUUUGAAUAAUGAAUGUAUAACUUCUUAGUUCACUGACUCUGGGAGUAUAUUUCCUUUUGCUUCCCUUAACUACUUCACAAAACAAAUUCAACCACCAGAAAAAAAGGGCUUUUGUCAGAAUUGUGACACAUUUUUUCACACGAGUGUCUUUUGUGUAAUCCAAUGAUUUGGAGUUUUCUUUUGUAAGGAAAGUGAAAAUGCUUUAUAGACUUUUGAUCAUUUUUUAAAAAAUGAUUAGGCUUUGCUCACAGUUAUCAGCAUUUUCUUUGAAGCUUUACUGCCAAGAAGCUUUCUAUAUCUUUUUGACCUUUCAAACAAUUUUGAAGCUUUCACUGCCAAGCUGAAAAGUGAAGGAUAUCACCUUGAGUUAUGCUUAAUUGUUUCAGUGAACCAAUUUUGUGAAGUGCCUUCUGUUUUAGCACUUUAAGUUUCUCACACUGACUUCUGACAUUCCACUUUCCUAGGUGAUAGGAAAGGUCUGUUUGUAGUUUGUAUUAAAGUGUGCCAAUACUUGUAUAUUAACAAGAUUUUUUUAAUAAAAUUGUACAAAC